AUGGACAACGAUCAAUUUCCAUCACCAGUGAAACAAAAUCCGUCGGGAAAAGUAAGUAUAAUGAAUAUAUUAUAAUGUUACAAAUUAAAAAAUAAUUUAUUUUGUAUUAUUUAUUAAAAUAAUAAAAAAAUAUUGGUAUAGUAAUAUUAAUGUACUAACUAACAAUACUAUUAUUUCAGUUAAUCAGCAUUGGUAUUUUGUAUAAGUCAAAGAAGUUUGAGGUGCCUAGAAUGAAAUAUAAGGAUUUGAUGGAGCUCAUUUCUAAAAAUCUGGGAAUUGGAGUAAAUCGUGUUUGUAUAACAGUGUCCGAAUACAAAAGUAAUACAUUGUUGACAUCACCAAAUCGUUAA